CCUCACAUCUCAUCACCGCAACAAUGGUCUCCAAGCUCGCUCUCGCUCUCUUCUUCGGCAACGCCCUCGCUGGUCUGGCCGGACGUGCUAUCCCCCCUCGCUGUGCCAUCGCAGACCCUACCCCCGAGCAAGUCCAGCACGCUCAGAACCUCAAGAAGAUCGAGUCCGUCUCCAAAGUCGCCGCUACCUCCAUCACCGUCGACACCUACUUCCACGUUGUUUCUUCCUCCUCCUCAAAGUACAUCACCAAGGCCAAGCUCCAAGCCCAACUCAAAGCCUUGAACGACGCUUAUGGUCCUCAUGAUGUUACAUUCAACCUCAUUGACACCACUUUCACCACCAACUCUGACUGGGCUGCUGGAAAUGGCGAGGUUGCUAUGAAGAGACAGCUUCGUCAGGGUGAUUACAAGACUCUUAACUUGUACUUCACUGACGUUGCCAAGCUUGAUGGUCUUGACGCUCUUGGAUACUGCUUCUUCCCUGAGCCUAAUGUCUCAACUGGAUCUUCAACCUUCAUCCGUGACGGUUGCGUCAUUGUCGCUGAGACCGUCCCCGGAGGCUCAAUGGCUCCUUAUAACCUCGGUGGAACUGCCGUUCACGAGGUCGGCCAUUGGUUCAACCUCUUCCAUACUUUCCAGGAUGGCUGCAAUGGUGGAGAUCUGGUUAGCGAUACCCCUGCCCAGGCUAGCCAGACGAGUGGAUGCCCUGCUCGACGGGAUAGCUGCCCUAACCAGGCUGGUGAUGACCCCAUCCACAACUUUAUGGAUUACUCCGAUGAUGUUUGCUACGAGGAGUUUACCCCUGGUCAGAAGACCCGCAUGCACAGUGCUUGGACCACUUACCGCAAGUAG